AAUCAAACUAUCAUCUCUGAUUUGCUGCUCCUAGGCUUCUCUGAGCACCCAGAGAAGCGGCCUCUCCUGUUUGGGCUCUUCCUGGGAAUGUACCUGGUUACCCUCUUGGGGAACCUGCUCAUCAUCCUGGCCAUUGGCUCUGACCAGCACCUCCACACUCCUAUGUACUUCUUCCUGGCCAAUCUGUCCUUUAUUGACACCUGUUUCACCUGCACCAUUGUCCCCAAAGUGCUGGUGAACAUCCACACACAGCACCACACCAUCUCCCACACUGGGUGCCUCGUGCAGAUGUACUUCUUCAUGGCCUUGGCCCUGCUGGAUGACUUCCUGCUGGCUGUGAUGGCAUAUGAUCGCUACGUGGCUAUCUGCCUUCCUCUGCACUACACCACCAUCAUGUGUCCCCACCGAUGCCUGCUGCUGGUAACUACAUGCUGGGUCUUCUCCAACCUCCUGGCUCUUUCUCUCACUGUCCUGAUGGCUCAAGUCUCUUUCUGUGCCUCCCAUUCCAUCCCACAUUUUUUCUGUGACCUUCUUCCCCUCCUUAAACUUGCCUGCUCAGACACCCAUACCUUUCACUUCAUGAUGUUCACUGACGCUGCCCUCUCGGGUGUGGUCCCUCUCAUCUGUGUCCUGGUCUCUUAUGCCCACAUCAUGCAUACCAUCCUCAGGAUUCCUUCUGCUGGGGGGAAGCAUAAAGUCUUCUCCACUUGUGGUUCUCAUCUGACAGUUGUCACUCUUUUCUAUGGAACUGUAUUUCUGGUUUAUUUCCAGCCUUCAUCCUCCUAUUCGGCAGAUACUGGAAUGGUGGCAUCUAUUGUAUAUACGAUGGUCACCCCUAUGUUAAAUCCUUUUAUCUACAGCCUAAGAAACAAGGACAUGAAGGGGGCUUUGUGGAGACUCUUUGGCCCUGAGAAAAGCUGUACUUUGUAA